ACUCAUCAUUAUAUUUUUUCCGCCAAUUUCUAUGUCAAAACAACGUAAAACGUCUGUAAACGAGUUGCCGAAAUAAAGAAAAUUCGUCGCUCUUUUAAUUGUCCGUAUGAACAGACGGAAGCUAAACGCGGCAAACACAAUUUUCCGUAACAAAACUCACGCGCACCGGAAAGUGCUUCGUUUAUUUCCCGCCAUCCGCCGUCUCGACCAACCGAAAUUUGGCGCCUAAAAUUGUACAAGCCAAUGAGACAAAUGGCCGCCAUUUUCAACCAAUGAGCGUCGAGCCCGCGCUCUCGCCAUCGCGUCAUUGUCAUAUCUCGAAAAUUAGUACGGCGGCAGUGCAGUGAAUGAAUCCCGUCCGCAAAUCGAAGAAUUUUCCGUGAAACAAUAAAUAAAUACUUUUAGGUGGAUACGUCGCGGAUGCUAUCUGUGAAGUGCGUUCCUGUGUUUCGCUGUUCGGACUCUGUAGAAGAGAUGUCGACGUUGAGUGUGAGGGCGCCUGGCCUGCAGGCCACCACGAUGCUGGACACGAGGUCGCUGCGCGUGCGCGGCGUCACCACGCUCGAGGGAGUCCGGAGGAACCUGUUCGGCUGCACCGACCGCGAGGAGAACAGGAGAUUUGUUGAGAGAGAGUUGGCGCGCCAGUUGGAACUGGACAGCCAGAGAUGGGGUUUUGACUUUGCCAAUGAGCAGCCACUACCUACUUCGCAAAGAUUCGCCUGGCAACUCGUCCCCGCGUCCACAGUCCCCGUGGCGUUGAGGAGGGCACCGAUCACAGUCACCACUCCUCAGCCAAAGCCAGCACCACAGGAAGCCAAAGUAUCGAGUCCUGAAAACAGCAAGACACAGAAGAGAAUAACAGAUUUCCUGAAGCCCCGCAAGCGGUUGUCGAACACGGGCAAGAAGUCGCCGGCGCACGCGCACAAGCACGAGUGCGGGCACGGCGCGCACAUCCGCCCGCCCAAGGUGGCGAGGCUCGCGCCCGCGCACCUCAAGCGGACCAGCUAGGCCCCGGCGCGUCCCCCCUCUCCAGUGACAACACAGAAUUGAACACUGUUUCGGCAGCUACAGCAAUCAGAAUGUACGGAUCCCAGGAUCGAUGCACACAAGACAGCAACACCCGGAUCCCUAACCCGUCCGCUCAGAGGACUCGACUGACCGAUCGCCUACCGUCUUCGAGUGUUCAAUUCUGCCACUCCGGCGCAGGUUGUCACUGCGCAUAUUUUUAUGUUUUAUUAAUUUAUUGUAAUACCGUUUACAAAUUACUAAUAAUGUUAAGUAAUGCGUAAGUUAGUUUAAGUAAAUAUCGUUAGUUCAACAGUUAAUAUAUCAUACCAUAGUCACUUGACAUCACACACAAGUUUUGCUCAACCGCUCAGCUUCCGCAAUACUGCAUCACGAAAUACUGGUGAACAUAAUGACACAAAUUCUCCAAAAACUGAAAUAAAUUAGAUAUUUUUUGGUAUAAAAGUAGGUUUGUCAUGGUGUCAAAAGCACCUGUCUCUACAAUCUGUGUAAUAAAUUUCCAAGUCGGAGAAAACAGUCAAUUACAGGCUUUACAAAUAAUUGCUUUAAAUGAUCUUCAAAAGUAAAAUCGAACGCAUGACGUCACCACAAAACUUGUACCACACCGUGACUGGAUGUAAUAAGUUAUGAUUAUAUUAUAUGAAUUAUGAUCUCUUUGAAUUAAGUUAUUUUUAGAUAUAGCUACGGUAUAAUAAGUAUAUUUACAAUGUACGUCGAAUGAUAAGUAACUCAGUCACAAUGGCGCGAUGUCUCCAAAGUGCUCAGUCGCCGCGGUGGAAAUCAAAUUUUCAUAUCUCAGUGUCGGAGCACUUUAGACGCAUUCUCUUGACGGACGACACUCUCGCGAGUUCCUGCGCUCGCGCGAGGAAUUUACGAAAGUCUCUCCGCAGACAGACGUUUAGUAUAAAAACAACACAAAUACUCAAUUAUAAAAGACAUCGUUACCUAAACUGUAACAUUUUGCAAUUUUAAACGUUAAGUAGUACAUGAAUACAGUCGACUUUGAGUAUUUGUGUUCCGCAUAACUCGUAUUGCAAAUUAGGAUAUUUGUUUUGUUGUUGUAUUUUAUGGUUUAUAUAAUUAUAUUGAUGAUUGUUUUUCUUUUUCGAUAUAUUGGUUUUCAAAAUUUCGUAAACAUGUAGCGACAGAUUGGAUCUUACCGCGGCCUUUGUGAAAGUACAAAUUCUCUCAUCAGGUUUAGGUUGAGGGCCCGCGGUCGCGACAAAAGACAUGCACCUAUCAUUAUCAUAUUCAUCCUAUGUUUAGUUUGUAACGUUAUCGUAAGUGGGAUAUUCCAUACAUGGCGUAUGUUUAUUUUUUUCUAUACGACAACAGUUGUAUUGCAUUUUAAAGCUAACCAAAGCCGUUGUACAUUAUACCGACGAUACACAGAAAUGAAAUUAAGUAAAUGAACUUUUAUGACUUGACGGAGGAAAUAAUGAAUAAAUUUUUAUAUUGUUGUAAAGGUAUAUGUUGACUACAGAUGUAGUUUAUAACCUGUUUAAAACUGACGUUCGUAAUUUAUGAUUUUUUUGUGUUUGCCCGUGGUCUCUAGAACGGACGAGUCCCUGGUGCUACAGUUGUAUAUAACAUGAGUGUCACAUCACACUGCCCGCAAAGUUUUUAAGUUGUUCUAAUAUUUGCACAGAGACGCUUUGCUGCCGACCACACAUCUUUGCCAAGCUUCGAGCUUAUCUACAAACAAGAGUGUUUACCGAUGCUGUUAUUUUUACAGUGAUAACUGUGAAUAGGAAUUUCUCAUGUUACACAGAACCAAGGAUGUUCCUCAGUUUAGAGACCACAUUAGAUAUGGUAUAAUUAUGUUGUUCGAUUCGGACGAGGCUGCGCCCGCGCAGGGCCACCACGUCUGCAAUAUAUAGAAGUGUCCGCUCAAUGUUUUUACCGCUCACAACAACUAAGUACAGACGUAAACCAUGAUUUUGUAUAUUGGUCCACCAAUAUUCAAGAAAACAAACUUCACAACUUAAUAAUCAGUGAAUAAUACUUGCAGUUUUCAUGCAAUCAUCAUACAAAACUUGUAGCGGCCUAGAACAUUUUGACGACACUUGAAAAUAAUUUUAAUAUUUUUUUUUCUCUAACACCUGUGAUGUAUUAAAUAUGAUCUCGAAACAUAAUUUUACUACCUUCAUAUUUAAUUAUUUUAGUAGAGUUAGUGCCGGUGCCUGCUGUGGAAAGACAACUUGUAUCCCUGGAGUGAUCGUAUUGAGAGAUAAUUUAAUACAUCAAUUGAAAAGCGCGAGCUUGCAUGGAGAGCUGGUCUAUUGUAAAUGUGCAACGCCGCACUGUACAUAAAGUGCACUUAGUAUGUAUUUAUUAACAGAAGGACGUCUUCGUAGGUUUAAAAGGAAAUUAUAGGGAUACUACAAAUAUUUAACGUAAUAUAUUACUACGAUUAAUUAUUUAAUUGGAAAGUUGAGAGGCAAAUUAUUAAUUAUGUGCCAAAUAAUUCCACACUAGAUGUGUUUGUGAGACCGAGUGAUGUGAUGGUCGAUAAAUAAAUGUACGUUCAUCGUUUGCAAUAUGGCGCCGGAAUAAGUACCGGUCUCGAGUUCUGUGACGUACAUGGUACCAUACUUUGGUACCACUGUUAGUCGCCUAGCUUGUAGGAUGAAAUUGUAAAUAUACUAAAAGCAAUAUUACUUAGCAAUUGUUAACGCAGAUGUAAAUUUAUUUAUCGUUCUAAUACGUUGUUGAUCACAACACAGCGCUGUCGACUUGAUACAAAUGUAAAUAUGAAACAGAAACAAUUGAUAAUUUUUAUACUAUGUGAACUCUUAGACAUUGUGUAUUGUAAAUUUAGUUGAAAAAAAGCUUAUUUCGCUCGAAA